AUGGCCGAACAUGGCACGAGGCGCAUUAGGCUCGACAUUGGCGGUGAAGAAGUUGUUGUGGUGUCCCCGGACCUUUUCUGUGUUGCCGGAAAAAACCGGCUUUCUGACAUGACUGCAAGAUGUGACGAUCCGUUUGCAAGAUGUGACGAUGCUCAAAGCGACUGGGAGGUCUUCGUGGACUACUCUCCAGAAGUCUUCGUGCCACUCCUCAACUGGCUUCGCCACUUUCGUGACAGUGAGCGUGAUGAGGUGAUCGACGUCGCGGUGGAGCCCCGCUACCGUCCCCCUUUCAUCCGAAUGAUGAUUUUCCUAUCCUAUGGGCUGCACUUCAUUCGUCUCGCAGGGAUCAAAGCUGGAGAACUCCUCGACCGGGGGUAUUCUCACGAGGACCUCUUGGAUGCUGGUUUUGAGGACUCAGAAUUGCCAGCACCGGUUCUUGCUGAAGCGCGGCAGCGCAAGGGUAGCAUUAUCCCCGACAAACUUCGGACAAAGAUUCUGCAAGUGGAUAUCGGGGGACAGAAAACUAUUACGGUUUCUCCCGAUUUGUUCGGUGUAGCUGGGGAGAACCGCCUCAGCAAACUGCUGGCUGGAUACUGUGACCCGGGCCCAUGGAAUGUCGAAAGUGCGCCUGACAUGAAGCUCUUUGUCGACUACUCCCCAGAGGUCUUCAUGCCACUCGUGGAUUGGUUACGCCGGUUCCGGGACAGCCAGCGUGACCGUCGAGUCUGCAUGUUGGUGGAGCAGCCUUACAGAGCCCCUCUGAUCCGGAUGAUGAUAUCGCUUUCGUUUGAGCUCUGGUACCUGCGCCUGGCAGAUAUACGUGCCGUUGAGCUCCUCGAACGGGGUUAUGGGCAUGAGUCCCUCCUGGACGCAGGAUUCCAAGAGACGGAGUUGCCAAGGAUCCUGGACCCCGAGGACGAGAUGCCGUCAGGCGACAACCUUGAACUUUGCAUUGGCUCGCGAAACGAUGUGAGUCUAUAUAGCCUAUAUCCCACUCCGGGUCUGCCCGAAGACGUGCUCCGAAUUAACAUCGGUGGACAGAAGCUUGUUGCUGUUUCUUUGGAGUUGCUGAAUGUAGCAGGGGAGAACAAGCUGUCCGUGAUG